UCUUUGGAAAUGCCGACUGACUUCAGCGACUACACGGAGCAGCCUGGAGGCGGUAUUUAGCCUUCCUCCCCCUGCAUCCACAAGUCCAUCCAUCCAGGACACUGUUAGACACACGUGUAUCUAAUUUAGGUGGCUGUGCGACGCGGCGCCUCUGACAGCAAGGCGGUUUCCCUUCAAAGAAAUGAAAGAGGAAGAAAGUUUGUGACGCCUCCGCGUUUUGUUGGGAUUGUCUGCGGAAAGACAGAUCAUUUGCGCUUUGCGCAGCUUGUGCCUCCUCAUCCUAGCGUGCAGACACGGUGAAUUUGAUAGAUCUGCAUGGAUUUUGGACUAAACGAGCCUCCUACAUUGAAAUGUCUCAACAAUGGAAAUGCAGCUCCACGCCUGUCUGUUGCUUUUUAUCAUCACAACAGAUAAAACAUUGGCCUCCUCAAAUCACCAUUGUGGUGGAAGUGUCAGCCUGGACCAGGAGCCUUCAGGUCGUAUCAGCCUCAUUCUACCUGGACUUUUUACUGACACCAGCAGACCCAACCACACGAACCAGCCAUCUGACGAAACUUUGCAGCUUUCAGUUUGCACUUGGAUCUUAAAUAUUCCUCCGGGGAGAGUGGUAUUUUUAAAGGCAGUGGAGUUAGAAAGGGGUUCGAAUAUAUCGGUGCAUUGUGCCUGGAACAAGGAUCCUCAGGCCUUACAGAGUGGAGAUACGGCUCUGCUGUCAGGCUGUGACAGAGAUAAAGCCACCAUCCGCUGGACAGGAGCACAGCGCUUCCCAAAUGCUGUUCAGCUGGUUUAUAAUGUUCAGGAAGAUGAGAAGAAUUCCUUGGAGGUCCACUCAACCCACCAACCAGACCAAGAUUCAGUCAGUUGGUCUCAGACAGGAACCACCUUUGCUAAUACCGCCACUGUUGCUCAAGAGAUUUUGAGAGGCACAGAGGAGGGCAGAGGUCGCCUCGACGGAGGUUUGGUGUGGAGUUUUGGACCUCAGUCUGUGUCCAGUGUGUCCUUUCAGGACAAGGGACUGCUGCGCCCUACCUCACCCCAGCAGGGACUCCCUGACGCUGGGAGAGCUGAUAGGGAAAUUCUCCCUCUUCCUGAGGAAAAGCUAAACAAUGGAGCGGAUACAUCUGGAGUUGUGCACCUCACUGAUGAUCCCACGACUGCCAGAACACACCCACAUUUUCAGCGUGCAUUUAGUGCAGACAUUGUAUCCAAAGCAGUAAACCCCACCGACCUAACCCUCUCUCAAACCGAGAUGUCAUGGACAGAUGCAGCUGUCAGCCAUUCCAUCUCCAUGCUUGGCACAGAUAUACACAAUUUAACAUCCACUCAGACUUCUCAACACACAGACAAACAUACACAAACAGACCAGAGUGUUUCUGGCUCCAGCGUGAUUCUCACCUCUUCUUCCCCUGAGAUACCAACUUGGGAAGGUGAUCCCAGCCUAAUUCCACAUGGCGGAGCUAUUAGUCAGACUGAAGAUAAACAACCUUUUUCUUGGAGAAGCCAGCAAAACACAGAGAGACUUAACCCUGGUCUAACCUCCACCACCACUUUGGACCCUAUAAAAUCAUCAACCAAGCCUCUGCAACAUGACUCAAGCAGUGGAAGUGCUGUGACUGUACCCACUACAUUAUUUUCACAAGAUUCAAGCAGGACUCACUCACUCACCACCCACAUCUCAGAGCUCGAAACUGCUGCCGGUGCUGUGGAGGCUGCUUCUGCUAAUCCAAACACACGUCCAAGUGACUCAUUCAUUUCUGAUGCUUCUGUUCAGACGGCUGAGUUUGAGCUGUCUGAAAAGCUUGAAAACACAGAUGUGCCAUCCACUCUCACUUAUUCCACACAGAGUCAAACAAACUCUCCUAAAAGCACAGAAAUCCUCAAACAUUCAGCAUAUACAUCCUCUCUAUUGAUGAAACAAAGCAACAAAGAGACACAAACAGCAACAGAAACUACACAGAACAAGUUCAUGAGCUCAUUCAUUACUAUAAACCCAGUCUCCUCCUUGUCUGAGAUUACUAAGGAUGAUGGUCAGACAUCAGGUUUCACUGGCUCUUUCUUUACACCCAGAGCAUCGAAGGCAAGUAAAGUAGAAAACUCAACUUCCACAGCAACCACCGGGGAAACAUUGUCGCCACUAUUCACUCAGACAGUUUUACAUGAGAGUUUAAAAAGCGAUCCAGCAACUGUUCUUCCUUUAUCGUCAUUCAGUACAACCACACCUUCAUUUACGCACACUACAUUUAAUGAUAAUACUCAUACAACUUCAGCAUACCCUGUCACUGAAUCCUCCAUGCACACAACCUUUGUGGACCACCAACCCUCACCCUCCCCUCAAAUGCAUCAUCGCCUGCUUCUCCCGACCUCCACUGUUGUCUCUCCGACAUAUAAACAGCCGCAAAACUUUAUUACUACCACAUAUACUUCUCCGCUCUUAACUAUAAAAUCGGAUGAUGGACAGGUUAAAGUACAGAAAGGGAAUGAGUUUUGGCAGUGGUCAUCCAGCAGCAUGAAGGAAAACACUCCCACAGCUGGACCUUCACCAACCUUACAUGUCAGCCAGCAGGACCAUUUGGCACUCACUCCCUCUGUUUUAAUGACCACUUCUACUUGGAGCUCCACAGAAAGUCCCAUGUUCUACAUUGUUUCAGAUGAGCCUGCUGCCAUACGAGUGGAGGCAUUUGAGCUGCUGCUGCAGAUAGUUGUAGAAGAGUCCAGAUCGGCUAUGAUUGCUGGGUUAAAGGAAGAUACGGCUGCCUGGGUGGAGCCGUACCUGCAGAGAGCCCCCGGCUUCACUAAGCUGCUGGAAGUCUGGAGUAGUGGCCAUGCAGUUCAGAGCCUUGUAGAGUUUAAAGCCAGUGGGGCUCUGCAGUGGCUCAGUAUGACUGGAUCCAUGUCACUGUUAGAGCUAACAGGAUUAGCUCAGGCUGUUCGUGAGGGGAGGACAUUCAGAACAUCUAAGAUCACCAACAUCACUCUUGGAGGACUGCAGGGUGACGUGUGUAGCUGGUUGCUGCAGUGCCCUGCAGGCUAUAAAUGUAUGGCCCGUCCUGGAACUGCUAACUACAGCUGCUCCUCGGUCUGUCGCUUUGACUACUGCCACCACCAUGGCAUCUGCACACAUCAUCCAGGUCAACUUCCAGUCUGCCGUUGCCUUGUAGGCGAUGACUUCUGGUACAUGGGUCAGAGAUGUGACAUGAGGAUGACUCGAACGAGGCUCGUGGGUGCAUGUCUUGCCAUCUUACUCAUCAUAGUGACUGUCAUUGGCAUUUUGGCGUUUUUGGCUGUACGACGCUAUCGCACCAUUCUGAUCCAGGCCAAAGUGGACCAGACUCGCAGCAGCUAUCGCAGGUUCAACCAUUUUGAUGAGCUGUCAGGUCGAUUCUGGUUGCGUUCGUGGGCGGGAUCGGCAGAUUCUCUGGACAAUCCUGCCUUUAUGCGCUCUGAUGAGUUGCUGCAUCUGCGGGCACUCGACCGCCCCUGCUGUUACCAUGAUGACACACUGUCACUGGCCUCUACUUGUCCCAGCCAUGGAACACGCAUCAAUACAAUCUACCCCCACAGCUCCCAGUAUGGUUGGAGGGGGAGUGAGAUGAGUAUGGGGGACGGUGUGUUGGACUCGGGUAAGGCCAGUGACCUGUCAGUGUGUAGCUGGCCUGUUGAACCUAUUCAUUGGACUCCUUUCCCACUUCUGCAGCAGUUGGCUUCCCACAGGACUCCGACGGUCAGGGUGUCACGACCACGAUCCUACUGUGAAGGCAUGGAGCUGGUAGACAUAGGAAAGAGUUGGACUGCUUGAAACUUAUAGAAGCUGAUCUGUUGUCUCAUCAUUGCAAUGUAACACUUAAACGUUCCUGUUUUGCCAAUAAAAGAUGUGUUUUUGGUAAUUAAUGCCAGUUUUUUUUGUUUUAAUCUAAAGUCUAAGGGUAACAAGAUAAUGUCUGAUUGGCUUCCAUGUAUGGUACCGUUUUAUGAAAUGCUUAAAUAAAUGUGAAUAUAAAGUG